AUGACCUCUUUUGUAUCUCAGUCUUGUAUUCGUCAGUUAGGUAUUAGACAUUCUUCUGCUACCUUAUCGGUACAAGGUAUUGGUGCUAUAAAAAGUACAAUGGUUGGUCGAGUUGAUCUUCAGAUAAAACCUGUGGAUAGAGUGGAUCCUAUUUUUAAUUGUGAGGCGUUUGUGUUGCCAAAAAUUUGUGAGGACCUACCCGUUGUUAGUUUGGAUGUUGGGCAUUGGUCUUAUAUUGCUAAUUUAAAGUUGGCAGAUCCUCGGUUUCAUCUAUCUGGUAAGGUGGACUUAUUGCUUGGAGCUGAUAUCUUUUCUCAGUUAUUAUUAGAAGGUAAAGUUCAAACGCCUAGAGGUAUGCCUGAUGCUCUUAAUACCGUUUUUGGCUAUGUCCUUAUGGGUCCCUGUAGUUCGGUUCCUAUGACAUCUGCCACUUCGUUGUUUUGUCACGUGGAUCAAAUGGUUUCGUUGGAGGAGUCUGUAAAGCAGUUUUGGAGUUUAGAAACUGUUCCUGAAGUAGAAUGUUCAUCUCCUGAAGAUAUUCUUUGUGAGAAAAAUUUUGUUGAGAAUGUUUGUCGAGACGGCUCUGGUCGUUAUACCGUUGCUCUACCUUUCAGGGAAUUAUCUCCUGUUUUUCCAGGAAUGUUUGAGUUAGCUGUAAAUCGUUUUCUUUCCUUAAAAAAAGGCUUUUGA